AUGGCGCCAAGCUAUCUACCCUUCCUUUGUCUCCUGCUGUGCGGAGGCCCCGAGCUGUGCUAUCUCCACACUCUGUGGUCUUUGCCAGGUGGAACUCCCACCCCAGUGGGGUCCUUGUCACCCGUGGAGGUGGAAUGUCUGGAAGCUGAACUGGUGGUGACUGUUAGUAGAGACCUUUUUGGCACAGGGAAGCUCGUGCAGCCNNAUGAAUCAAGUCUUGGUACAAAUGGUUGCUGGAUUCCCUAUACCCCCCCCAUGGGCCAAGCAAGCCUCCACAGGGUGACAGAAGAUGCCCUGGUGUACAGCACCUUAUUGCUCCACGACCCUCGCCCCGUGGGUGGCCUGUCCAUUCUAAGGACUAACCGUGUGGAGGUACCCAUUGAGUGCCGAUACCCCAGGCAGGGCAACGUGAGCAGCCACCCUAUCCAGCCCACCUGGGUUCCCUUCAGAGCCACUGUGUCCUCAGAAGAGAAACUGGCUUUCUCCCUUCGCCUGAUGGAGGAGAACUGGAAUACUGAGAAAUCAUCCCCCACCUUCCACCUGGGAGAGGUAGCCCACCUCCAGGCCGAAGUCCAGACCGGAAGCCACCUGCCGCUGCAGCUGUUUGUGGACUACUGUGUGGCCACGCCUUCACCUGCGCCAGACCAGAACUCCUCCCCCUAUCACUUCAUCGUGGACUCCCAUGGUUGCCUUGUGGAUGGUCUAUCUGAGAGCUUUUCGGCAUUUCAAGUCCCUAGACCCCGGCCAGAGAUGCUCCAGUUCACAGUGGAUGUAUUCCAUUUCGCCAACAGCUCCAGAAACACGCUCUACAUCACCUGCCAUCUCAAAGUCGCACCAGCUAACCAGAUCCCUGACAAACUUAACAAAGCCUGUUCAUUCAACAAGACUUCGCAGAGUUGGUUACCAGUAGAGGGCGAUGCUGACAUCUGUGAUUGCUGCAGCCACGCCAACUGUAGUAAUUCAAGCUCUUCACAGUUCCUGAUCCACGGACCCUACCAGUGGUCCAAGCUUGCUUCUCGAAACCGCAGGCAUGUGACCGAUGAAGCUGAUGUCACUGUAGGGCCCCUGAUAGUCCUUGGAAACGCUAAUGACCAGACUGUGGAGGGCUGGACCUCUUCUGCUCAAACCUCCAUGGCUCUUGGGUUAGGCCUGGUCACCAUGGCAUUCCUGACUCUGGCUGCUAUUGUCCUUGGUGUCACCAGGAAGUGUCGCUCCACUUCCUACCUUGUAUCCCUUCCGCAAUAA